AUGUUUGCAGCCACCCUAAGAAGAAGAGGCCUUCCAAUGGCCGCCCGCUCCUUCAGCACCACGGUCCGCAUGUCUGCUGCCGAGGUCAAGAAGCUGGGUGUGAUAGGAGCCGGUCAGAUGGGUCUUGGAAUUGCAUUGGUUGCUGCUCAGAAGGCACAGGUGCCUGUAACCCUUGUCGAUAGCUCCCAGGCUUCCCUGGACAAGGGCCUCAAGUUUGCCGACAAGCUUCUAGAGAAGGAUGUCAGCAAGGAGCGCAUCACCCGCGAUGCCGCAGACGCUGCGCGCGCCCGGCUCUUUCCUAGUACCAGCCUGGACGACCUCUCCGAUGUAGAUUUCGUGAUCGAGGCCGUCCCCGAAAUCCCCGACUUGAAGACCAGUAUUUUCUCCAAGCUGGCCCAGAUCGCUCCCAAGCACGCCAUUCUGGCUACAAACACUUCCUCCAUCUCAAUCACCAGGAUCGCUGCUGCGACUACAACCGACAAGACAGAUCUUCAAGCGCCCUCCCGCGUCAUCUCUACCCACUUCAUGAACCCUGUCCCCGUGCAGAAGGGUGUUGAGAUCAUCUCUGGUCUCCAGACGUCUCCCGAGACCGUGGAAACCGCAAUUGCAUUCGUCGAGCGCAUGGGCAAAAUCCCCGCCCGCUCCGCUGACGCCCCUGGGUUCUUGGCCAACCGCAUCCUGAUGCCGUAUAUCAACGAAGCUAUCAUCUGUCUGGAGACGGGAAUCGGUGCCCGUGAAGAUAUCGAUAGCAUCAUGAAGUAUGGAACUAAUGUUCCCAUGGGACCUCUCACCCUGGCUGACUUCAUCGGUCUGGAUACCUGCCUGGCUAUCAUGAACGUGUUGCACACGGAGACCGGUGAUAGCAAGUACCGGCCCUCUGGCUUGUUGAAGAAGAUGGUCGAUGCGGGCUGGCUGGGUAAGAAGAGCGGAAAGGGAUUCUACGACUACUAG